AGGAGGUGGCGGCGGCGGCGGCUGGGUCUGACGCGGCCCGGUUCGUGGGGGGCUCCGCUUGUUUAUUUAUUUAUUUAUCGUGGGUGCCUCCGAGUGUGUGCGAGCUCCGCAGCUAGGUGAGGGCACGCCGAGCGGUCGCCGCAGACUCCGCCGCCGAGAAGCCCUUGUUCCCGCUGCCGGGAAGGAGCGUCUGGUGCCGACAAGAUGGCGGACGGGGAGCUGAACGUGGACAGCCUUAUUACCCGACUGCUGGAGGUACGAGGAUGUCGUCCAGGAAAGAUCGUACAGAUGACUGAAGCAGAAGUUCGGGGCUUAUGUAUCAAGUCUCGGGAGAUCUUUCUCAGCCAGCCUAUUCUUUUGGAAUUGGAAGCACCACUGAAAAUCUGUGGAGAUAUUCAUGGACAGUAUACAGAUUUACUGCGAUUAUUUGAAUAUGGGGGUUUCCCCCCAGAAGCCAACUAUCUUUUCUUAGGAGAUUAUGUGGACAGAGGAAAGCAGUCUUUGGAAACAAUCUGCUUGCUAUUGGCAUAUAAAAUCAAAUACCCAGAAAACUUCUUUCUCUUAAGAGGAAACCAUGAGUGUGCUAGCAUCAAUCGCAUUUAUGGAUUCUAUGAUGAAUGCAAACGAAGAUUUAAUAUUAAGUUGUGGAAGACCUUCACUGACUGUUUCAACUGUCUGCCUAUAGCUGCCAUUGUGGAUGAGAAGAUCUUCUGUUGUCAUGGAGGACUGUCACCAGACCUGCAAUCUAUGGAGCAGAUACGGAGAAUUAUGAGACCCACUGAUGUCCCUGAUACAGGUUUGCUCUGUGAUUUGCUGUGGUCUGACCCAGAUAAGGAUGUGCAAGGGUGGGGAGAAAAUGAUCGUGGUGUUUCCUUCACUUUUGGAGCUGACGUAGUCAGUAAAUUUCUGAAUCGGCAUGAUUUAGACUUGAUUUGUCGAGCUCAUCAGGUUGUGGAAGAUGGAUAUGAAUUCUUUGCUAAGCGACAACUGGUAACCCUGUUUUCAGCCCCAAAUUACUGUGGCGAGUUUGAUAAUGCUGGUGGAAUGAUGAGUGUGGAUGAAACUUUGAUGUGUUCAUUUCAGAUAUUGAAACCGUCUGAAAAGAAAGCUAAGUACCAAUAUGGUGGACUGAAUUCAGGACGUCCUGUCACUCCACCUCGAACAGCUAAUCCACCGAAGAAAAGGUGAAGAAAGGAACUCUGUAAAGAAACCAUCCAAUUUGUUAAGGACAUACUUCAUAAUCUUUAAGUGUGCACUGUAAAACCAUCCAGCCAUUUGACACCCUUUAUGAUGUCACACCUUUAACUUAAGGAGACGGGUAAAGGAUCUUAAAUUUUUUUCUAAUAGAAAGAUGUGCUACACUGUAUUGUAAUAAGUAUACUCUGUUAUAAUAUUCAACAAAGUUAAAUCCAAAUUCAGAAUUACCCAUUAAAGUUACAUCUUCACGUAUCACAGUUUUUAAAGCUGAAAAGCAUCCCAGUUAAACUAGAUGUGAUAGUUAAACCAGACGAAAGCAUGAUGAUCCAUCUGUGUAAUGUGGUUUUAGUGUUGCUUGGUUGUUUAAUUAUUUUGGGCUUGUUUUGUUUCUGUUUGUUUGUUUUUGCUGAAAUAAUGGCAAAUUCUUUAAAUUUUUUCCCCAAACAUUUAAAAAAGUGCAAUGUGGGAAGAUUUUUGAAGACAUUCAUCAACUAUUAAUUUUCCAUUGCUUAUUUACUUAUGUACCUGUUUGAUCUUACUAAGAAAACUUAUGCCUCAUUACAGUAAAAAGGAAUUUAGAGAUAUUUUUUAAAAUACGCAAACUGUCCAAUCGAGUGAUUUAAUCAGUUUGGGCAACUGUUACAGCUGAUAGUGAAUAUUUUGCUUCAUACAGAAAUGGCCACUGAUUUGAGUUUGUGCACUCUAAUUUUAACUUAUUGAUGCUCUAUUGUGCAGUAGCAUUUCAUUUAAGAUAAGGCUCAUUUAGUAUACCCAACUAGUUGGUAAUGUGAUUAUGUGGUACCUUGGCUUUAGGUUUUAAUUCGCACGAAACACCUUUUUGGCAUGCUUAACUUUCUGGUAACACCCUCACCUGCAUUGGUUUUGUUUUUUUGGGUUUUUUUUUUUUUGUUCUUCUUGUUUUUUGUUUUUAGAUCCACAGAACAUGAGAAUCCUUUUUUGACAAGCCUUGGAAAGCUGACACUAUUUUUUCUCCCUCUGUACGAAGGAUGUAUUUAUAUGAAUGCUGGUCAGUGGGACAUUUGUCAACCAUGGGUAUUGGGUGCUUGACUGUCUAAUAUUGCCAUGUGAAUGUUGUAUACGAUUGUAAGGCUUAUGUCACUAAAGAUUUUUAUUCUGAUUUUUCAUGAUCGAAAUUCAUAUGAUAUUGUAUAGACAUGCUUUGUAGUGAACUAUAGUAGCAAUAAUUUCUGUACAUGAUCAAGGGUUUAUUGCAGCCUUUCUUUUCCUGUUCUCUUUUUUUUAAGGGUAGUGUUAACAAGUGACAGGAGUAGAAGAGUCAACAUAAAGAUUUUAGGAGAACUUACAGGACACCAAUUCAUAAUUCUUUGGGUGCAACACUUUUGGAUGUGAUUCUAAAAGCUAUUAUUGAGCAUUGUCAAAUUUGUAAGCUUCAUAGGGAUGGACAUCAUAUUUAUAAAUGCCCUCCUAUAAGUGCUACCAUAGAUGUGAAAUUCUUGACCUUAAUAUCGUCUUUGAAAAUGUAAAUUGAGAAUUCUAUUAACUUACAUCUUAAGAAUUGGCGUAUUGUAUUACUGCAGGAGAUUUGAUUUUCAGCACAGUGCAAAGUUCUAUCAAAUGCAUAUGUCUUCUUUUUUUCUAAUGCCAUUUUGUUUUAAAGCACAUUUUAAAUGUAGUUUUCUCAUUAGUAAAAGUUGUCUAAUUGAUAUGAAGCCUGACUGGUUAUUUUAGUCCUUUUUUUUCCUUUACAGUGAAACAUUUAAACACAUUUUAUUCAAAUAGAUUUUUAAUAUCUUUCAUGCUGAAUUGGUUCUUUUUAAAAACUGUUCAUAUACUGCUUAUGAUAUAUUUGGUCAAACAGGCUUUUAUCUAAUGUGAUUUAAAUAUCUUCCCAACUGAAGAGUAAGUUGAACAAUUUUUAAUAGAAUUUUAGCUGUACUCUUAGUAGUCACAGUGUGAAGGGGGUCUAGAAAAUAAGCCUUUGGGAGGAAACAAAGGCUUAUUUAUCUUAGUAUUAGUCAAAACACAUUAAUUUGAAUCCUCUAUACUGAGUUUUUAUAAUAAUUUAGUCAGGUUAAUACUGAAUAGUCACUAAUUAAGCAAAUUAAUAUUGGUCAUUGAAUUUGAAGAAUGGAAAUUUAUCACAUUUUAAAAUUCAGUCUUCAAACCACUUUUAACAGCUUCUUUUCAUAUACUGUGUUCAUUACAAAUAUUAUUUGCUUGGUAACACUGUUACUUAAAAUAAAUAAAACUUUGUUUCUUAGGAGAAGAGUAUCAAAAAUUUAGUGUCACUAAUUUCUAUUGUGCUUCCCUGUCACUAAUUUAUGUCGUUUUUCCUCUCUGAAUUUUAAUAAUUUUCUAUAUUCAAAUUUAUCUUUAUUCUAAAUGUCAUGACAUUCAUAGUCACUGAACACACUAGAUAGCUGUGAUAAUAUGAUGGAUCACAUGGAUUAUGUUGGUCAGUUUCUGUUCUUGAAUGGAAAGAAUCAACUACAAAUAUUUGAAGCUUUAGCAUUCACUAUUUAAAUUUUGCCUAGGGAACAGUUUUAAUCAUGAUCAGCAAGACUGGUUUGUUCAAAAUGUUGGGUCAAAAUACCUGCAAGCAGAAUUUAAAGUUUAAAAAAAGUGACUAAUUGGAAGUAUGAGAGGUUAUAGGCCUUUUAAAAAAAAUUCGUCUGAGGGAAAACCGGGAGUAUCUUGAGAUGUCUUUUAAGAAUAUGUAAAUGUAUAUUAUUAAUAUAUUGAGCCCAAGAACUUAAAUAUAUCUCCAUUUAUAAGUUCAGAUACAUUCCUUUUUCUCUUUGGCAACUCUAACUUUUAAACCAGAAAAAAACCCCAAUUUUUUUCUUUUGCAUUCUAAAAAUGUGUUUAGAUAAGAAGGAAAAUAGGCAGGGUUACUCUAACCUUGCUACUGUGACUUAAUCCACUUCUUCUGUUCCUUGUAAAUCCGUCCAUGAAUAAAAAGUGUGCCUGAAAAGAUACUUAACAGCCUCACUGUACCAGUUGCCUGACAUAGAAAUACUGUGUCUCUCUUUGCUAAUAGAGUUUAGUGUUUUAUAACUUCCGUAAACAGCUAAAAAGUGGUUAAAAGGAGUGUAAAGUGACAGCAUACCUUGCAAAGUGAACAGUAGUUAAGUAAGACACAAGUUGAUUCCAUGUAAGUACAUACUUUAAAGUUUUAUUAUCUUUAUUCUCUUUAUAAUGUUUCAACAAAAGUGAAAUUUAGAUGCAAUGUAGAAAUUUUGAUCUCUUGUUCAAGUUUUACCUAUACAUUUGAAUGCCAGAAUUUCUAAAUAAAUCCAUUGAUCAGAAAAUUUUUUUAAGUCAAAACUUAAUUUCUUCAGCUACCACCUCUUCUUAUAUUGGUUGACUUAUUAAAUCAUAACAUUCUUUAUUUUCUCAUUGUUACUUUCUUUACAAGUGGUCAGUAUUUUAUUAAACCUUAUUUUUACAUUGUUGUUUCAUUACUUAGUCGUGUUCAGCUCUCUGUGACCCCAAGGACUCUAGUGCUCCAGGCUCUUCUGUCCAUGGGAUUUUCCAGGCAAGAAUACUGGAGUGGGAUGCAAUUUCCUUCUCCAGGGGAUCUCUGCCCCCCCCCCCCCGACCAGGGAUUGAACCCAGAUCUCCUUCAUUGCAGGUGGAUUCUUUACUGUCUGAGCCACCAGGGAAACACUUAUUUUUUGUUCUACUUUAUUCUCAAGUAGCCAUAAAUCUUUGCUGUUUUUCUCUUAGGGAUCUUUGCCAACUAAUGUGACAAAAUCUUACUUGUAACACACAUUAUUUGGGGUAUCAGUAGUGUGGAAGCUUAUAAGUGUGUUGUGCGGUCUGUGUUGUACAUAUGUGAAACAGUGAGAAUAAACUGCCUGAAGCUCA